AUGGAAGGAUGGCCGCCGACGGGGUCCUUCGAUGAAGCCGAAUGGGACGUCGACAGGAGCGGUAACGACAGCAGUCACGACAAGGAGCGACCUCAUACGAGAGAUGACCGGUGCCGACUCCAAAGGUGGCAAAGUCGACAGCGUGGUCACGCCGGUCUGGCUGAAGCUUACAAGGUCUUUGAGACCGAACACAAUCGGGCGUUAUGGGAGGCUACUCCUUGUCUCUGUAUCUCGCAGGACCAAGCCCACACGAUCUCCUUCUUAGCCUCGUACUACAGCGCCCGGAAGAAACGGCGGAGUAAGGCGUAUUUGGCGUGGCGUGAGAUCGUCGGUCAGAUCUUCGCAGGGAUGGCCGUUCAUCGGUGUGACGUCGACAUCUUUCUGGACCAUUUCUUCCGGCACUUGCCUCGUCCUCGCCGCGCAGUUUAUUGGUUCCCUGGGUGUGAGGAGGGGUCGGACUCAUUCGACCUGUUGGCCGCUCUUCAUCUGUAA